CCUUUUUCUAAAAGGGACAGUGAGAGAGCACCCUGCUCCAUUUCCUACGGUGGGCUGGGCAGGAUGCAGACGGUCCUCAAAGGCAGCGGGCUUGCCCUGCUCCUCGCCUUCGUCCUGGUUUGGGGAUCUUCAGUUCAAGGUCACCCAAUGCGCAGAGCCAGGUACCAGUGGGUCCGCUGCAAGCCUGACAGCAACUCUGCAAACUGCAUUGACGAAAAGGGACCACUGUUCGAUCUGAGCACAGACGAGGCCAACGGCGUCCUCCCGGCCGGCUCGGACCCUGUAUUGACAAAAUCCCAGCUCUGGAAUGAUGUCUUCCUUAUUUCUGAGGACUUUUCUGGCUCCGGCUCCGGCUCAGGUUCUGGCUCUGGCAGUGGAUCCGGAAGUGGCUCUGGAAGUGGCUCCCAUCCCGACACAGAAUGGGAAUACCAGCUAGUAGAUGAAAAUGAUGUCUAUUACAACUUUAAACCUCUCAAGAGGAAGCUUCCCAUGGAAGACCAUCGCUUGGCUCAAGAUAGACUAGAAGAUGGCUUUAUUCUAUGAGCGAUGGUUCCCUCAUCUUGACUCCAAGCAAUGCAUUUAGCAUACUUUGUGUACCAUGGUUAAAUGAUUAGUCUUGGAAUAGAGUUUUAUAGAAAAUUUAAAAGAUCUGAAAAAGACUCUUAAAUUCUAGCACCUUUUUUCCGCUCAUCAAUUUUAAUCAUUGUGCUUGUUCUGGAAAAUACCUGCCUUAUAUAUGCUAUUGAAUCAAUAUCAUUAGGAAAUUAACUUAGAGUCUCAUUAUACAAUAACAUGUAGACAUCAUAUGAUUUUUGAAAAUUUCAAUUUGAAAAGCAAAUUGGUGGGCAUUAUUUUCAUACCUAAGUCUUCAGGAACCCGGCUGCCCCAUCAUUAUGAAUUAUAGAUGAGGUCCUCUUUUGAUUAAAAAUAAAACAAGGUGAAACCUGGUAUGUGACAUA